GCAACCCUGCGCCCACUUCCCGCUCCAAGUUCAGAAACACAAUAUUAGCUUAAAUCUCCCAUUUCCUCACCAAUUCACCAACCCUCGUUCUAGCUAAAAUUUCUCAUUUUACCCCAAAUUCACCAACCCUCAUUCUCCGCUGUCGGUGUCACGGUUGCGCCGCCGUCACUCAGUUUGCUCGCGCUGCUGUUGUGCUCUGUUACUGCCGUGCCGCUGUCGCCCCCACAUUCGCGCCGCUGUCCCUCCUCUUGCUCGCGCCGCCUGUCGCUUUGCUGCUGUCUUGCCGCCAUCGCUCCUUCUCUCUGUUGCCGUCGUCGCUCCUCCUACCUUGGUCCUUCUCCGCUCUCUCUCUCUCUCAAUCGAGCUCACAAGAACCAGGUGGAAUGUUGUUAUGCCUGCCAUUGUGGCCAAAUCAAUAUCAAUUCUAUCUGAUGCAGGCCUUGGCAUGGCCAUGGUUAUCCUUGGGCUAUUUAUGGCAUUGCAACCAAAGAUCAUUGCCUCCGGAAACACGGUCGCUUCAUUCGCUAUGGCGGUUCGUUUCCUCACCGGCCCUGCAGUAAUGGCUGUAGCAUCAAUUGUGGUAAGACUAAGGGGAGUUUUGUUGCACAUUGCCAUUGUACAGGGUUAUAUUUGGGAUGCUAAUUGCUCUUCCUAUUACUCUAGUUUAUUAUAUUUUGUUGGGGCUGUGAAGAAGCUAAGGACGGGGGAGGAAUGACUAAUUGUAGUGGUGUUACAUUUACAUUUACACCCUUUUGUUAUAUUAAUAUUAUUAUAGGGUAAUUUUUUUUACCAUCCUCUAACAAUGUAGAAUUUGGAAGCUUAGUCAGAGUUGGGAAUGAAUAAAGUGUGUUUGUAGAGAGGGCUUAAUAGCUAUAAUUUAAUUACUACUAAAUAGGAAAAGCAUCCAGAACUUGCAAACAAUUUGCAUUUUGGUGACAUCUAAUAGGUCAAUCAUUUACGGAAUAGUGAAACUAUUGGAUAUUUCUUCUUUGCCUC